UUUAAACUAAAACCUCCUCUCCGCUUCUCAUCAUCAGAGCAUCAAACAAUGCUUCUCUCCGCCACUCGUCUCCACAUAACAGCGCUCUCUCCCGCCAACCUCCACUUCUCCUCCGCCGCCGUCACCACCACCACCACUUCCUCCACCUCACUAAAACCACUCCUCCUCACCACCACCAACGCCUCCUCUUCUUCAAACUCUUCCUCUUCUCCACUUACCUCCACUGCUACUACUCACACUCAACAAAACCAGACUCUUAUCCAUCAAGUGAGCCGCUCUCUUCCCGAUGAAGAACCCGAACAGCAAGAAAUGGUGUCCUCUGCUUCGGCGAUCGCUUCCGCCAUUCGUAAAACCUCAAACUCUCCGAUUGAAUUCGUUCAAGAAAUUGAGAAAUCCGAUAACGCAAAGUUAGUACUGCCGAGUCUCGAUUUUCGCAGGCUUUGCGUCCAACAAUUAGACCUCUUUCGCAGAAUUGUCCAUCCCGAUGCCAUACUAUCGGUUUAUGUUAGGCCAGCAGGGAGUUAUGUUAUGGACCGUUUGGAAUUACGGAGAGUAACAUCAUUUCCAGGAAUGAAUGCGUCUGAUGUGGUAAUGUUAGUUGGUAAUUUUAACGUUCCUGCCGGAUUGCGUGCUGCUGAAGCUGCUCUCUCUAGUCAACAAGUAGAAUUCGUGCCGGAGCAUAAGGCUGUUGUGUUUCCUAUGGUGAAACAUCCAUUUGUUGUCGGGUUCCUGGUUGCUGAGUUGCCUAUAUUGAAAACUGAAACAUCACAUGAGAAUGUGCAGACUAAGGUGGAUGAACAUAGUUUGAUUCGCUUUCAAUCUCCGGAGGAAAAUUAUGCUUUACCUUCGAGUUUACUUUCAAGUACGGAUAACAAUUUUUUAUCUCGGGGAAUUCAGACACUAGAUGAUCAUCCAUCGAGAAUGUAUAACUUUACUUCGGAGCAAAGACUGAAUGCAAUUAAUAUCUCUUGCUCUGUAGCUAUGGCUUAUGUCAUGGAUCAGAAAGCAAUGUUACUGCAGCAAUCAUCUUGGCAAAAUAAUGUCAGAAUGAGUAAUCUUGUUGAACAGAUUCGUGGCCCUCUUUCUAGCAUUCAGACUCUGAGCAAAAUGUUAUCUACCCACAUAAAGAAAACUGAGAUUUCUUAUGACAUUGUGGAAGACAUACUGGUACAGGGUGAUCGGUUGAGAGAUACUCUUCAAGAACUCCAGGAUGCUGUUCGUUUGACAAAGGCCAAUAUAAUGCGCUACAAUGAAGAGGCACUACAGAAAAUGCAAAAUUCGACUUAUCAUCAUGAAUCUCAGUUAUCAGAUAGCAUUCCUAGAUACACAGACAACGCCAAUAAUACGCAAAAUUCUGGUAAACCAUUUUCUCUUAAUGCUCCGUCUGGCGACUCAGAGAUGCCCAUGCCACCUAUGGCCCUUGCUUCCCUACAACAAGAUGGAAUAAGACCGUGCAAUGUUACUGAAGUGUUGUUAGAGUUGGUUGGGGCUGUGCAACCUCUUGCACGUAUGCAGCAACGUGAUGUGGUUCUUUGUGGACUCUCUCAAACUUUACAAGUUGCUGUAGAAGAGCCAUCUCUACGCCAAGCUUUAAGCAACUUAAUUGAAGGUGCGUUAUUGCGUUCUCAUGUUAGUGGCAAGGUUGAAAUUGUGUGUACUGAAGCACCUGCUGGUGGGGCUCUUGUAAUUAUUGAUGAUGAUGGCCCUGAUAUGCAUUAUAUGACUCAGACGCAUUCGCUCAAACCAUUUGGAGCAGCGCAUCUUUCAGACAACAUGCUUGAAGACAACAUGACUUGGAAUUUUGUCGCUGGAAUGACUGUUGCUCGUGAGAUACUCGAGAGUUAUGGCUGCGUUGUCCGUGUAAUAUCACCCCGGAUCGCAGAUGCUGCCCUUGGAGCUGGGGGAACACGGAUAGAACUUUGGCUUCCUUCCUUCGAUGCAUUAUCUGACGCUGACCUAAAUGGCAUCGGCCCUAAAGCAUAGAAUAAAUUGGCUCUUUAAAUAUGCAAGGCUUGUGAAGAUAGAAAAUCAAAUGAGCCAUUGAAGCCAAAUUCCGCUUUCUCCGAGGUCGGGAAUAUAAAUCUUAUAUAGUUUGAUUGCAUUUCCACUGCAUAUGCAGUUAUGUAAAUGUAGAUAAAGAACAUAAUAGUGUAUGUAUGAGCACCUCUUGUUUAUAGAAUGUUGUAAUUACUGUCAACACAAUGUACAAUAUGAGCUAAAGCAUUUGAUUUUUCGAGUGACGGUAGGGGUGUAAUUGUAUGACAUUAAGGGUCAUAUGAUGAAAACUGAUUUAUACUUAGUUAUUUAAUUGAUAAAUUUGGUUUGCUUUAA